CAUCACAUAACUUAUUCUGAUGAGGUAAAGAGUCACACACCGGUAAUUGAAUCAUUGUUACAGAUACAAGUUUCCAACAAGUGUUCAGCGCAAGAUCUCGUUUUGCAAUGCGAGGAAUGUGAAAAUUAUUCUGUGUGUACAUGUCGAUUAUGUGAUGCCGUAUUUUGCAGACUACAUUUUGGAAGUCAUAUGGACGCUAAACAUAAACAUUGUAAAACAAAACCUGACAGUUCGACUUGUAAAAAGCAUUCUCUCCAGUUUAAGCACUACUGCAGAAGCUGUGUAAAGCCAAUAUGUAAUGACUGCAUGCGAUACGAAGAUCAUUCUACCCAUGGCCUCAGUAGUCCAGUGGCCAUGAUGGAGUAUUUUAGAGAAAGCAUUUUCAAUGAAAAUGAAGAACUCAAGAAUAUCAUAAAACCAUUUUAUAACACGUUACUUGACUUUAUUGUUAAAAAACAAUCAGAGAUGCCCCGGAGCUAUACUAAAGCAAGAGAAAAUAUAAACGAAUUUGGACGUAAAAUGCACGAACAGGUGAAUUGCGCAGUAAAGCAUUAUAUAGAAAUUCUGGAAGUCAAUGCAAAAGAACAGUUGGGAAAUAUUAAGGACUAUUUGAAAUUUUUUCAACAAAGGAUAGAUGAUAUAGAAAAGACAUUAGAAGAAAAUUCACAGUUGCUACAGAAGAGUGAUUCUUUUGAUCUCUUGACGUCUUUUGAAUCCUCUCUUGCAUACUUUCAUACUUAUCCUGACUUAUCUGAAUUCAAAAUGCCAGUAUUCCAUCCUAAUAUACCCGAUUCAAAGACAAUUAUGAACCUUGCUGGUAAUAUAGAUUAUCCAACAGGAACAGACGUUCCCCUUUCUUUAAAUUAUAAACAAGUUCAGUUAUCACAAAGCCACCUUUUAAAACGUCCUUCAGUUUUACAAAAGUCCGUCGGUUCCAAUUUAGAUAUACUGGACCUUUCCUGUCUUCAGUCUGAUGGAGUUCUCACUAUUGGGAAAGGUAAACAGCUCAAAAGGUUUCAGUUUACAUCGCGCGAACUCUUUCAUGUUCAAACUAACGAACUGGAAUGCAAAAGUCGCUACAUGGCUAUUUCACCGAAAUGUUCCAUCUAUUUUAGUGAUAGAAAGAACAGAUCAGUUAAGAAAUAUGGGAGCUUAUACUGUCACCAAUUGACUACCGUUCUAGACUUUGAUGAUUUAGAACCAAGAGGAUUAACAUUUACUCCAUCUAGCCAAUUGUUGGUCUGUCUGUACAGCAAAAAACGGUCUUUUAUAGCGCGAUUUGUUAACGACAACAAACUGGUUCAGGAAAUUGAAUAUAAUGGUGACAAACAACUGUACAAAGAACCUUGCUUUGUGUGCUGCAAUAGAAAUGGCGACGUCUGUGUUGCAGACCACGGACUUCAUUGCGUCAUUGUAGUUGACCAGUUCGGGGUCUUCCGGUUUUCCUACGGGGACCAAAACAAGACAUCUUUUCAACCUUAUAGUAUAGCCACCGAUCAUUUGUGUAACAUAGUGAUCACAGACAACUUUAACCACGAGAUUCACCUGCUGGAUAAAUAUGGCCAGUUUUUGGGACUUCUAAUGUCAAAGCAUCCGAUUAUAAGACCUGGAGCCGUAGCUAUCGACGAAAAAGGGAAGCUUUGGAUUGGGCAUUCGUCUGGUGGAGAUUUGGCUGUGAUCAAGUAUCUGAAAUAGUCCUAUCGGAUGACAUUAUUUUGUUUAUCAUUUAAUGUUAAAUAUUAACAAUAGAUAUAAUAAAAUGUUUAA